AUCAUUUCUCACUUUCUCCCCAAACCAUAUUCAUCUUCUCCGAUUCUAAUUCCUGCAUCGAUUUCCAUUAAUUCGAUUUCAAUUCCAACAAUCUUGAUCCAUUAUUAUAUGAUUAUUGAACACGAAAACACAUAUCAUCAUAAAAAACUAACACAAUUUGGAGAUAAAAAAAAAAAAACAAUGCAUUCUGAUCGAUCAAACUUCUCCACCGCCGACGAUGACUACUCCAACGUCAACGACGAAUCCAACCGUAUGAGCGAUGAGGGUUCUCCGAUGAUGAUGUCACCAUGGAAUCAGACCCGUCCUUUUCAACCAUCUCCUUCGUCCACUUCAAGUCCCGAAAAUGCCCUCAUCGGCUCUCUGGUCCGGGAGGAAGGCCACAUUUACUCCCUUGCCGCCACCGGCGGCCUCCUUUACACCGGAUCCGACAGCAAGAAUAUCCAUGUUUGGAAGGACAUGAAGUUGUUCACCACAUUCAAAUCCAACAGUGGUCUGGUGAAGGCUAUCAUAAUCUCCGGCGACAAGAUUUUCACCGGACAUCAAGACGGAAAGGUUCGAGUUUGGAAAUCCAACAGCAAAGACCAAAAAACUCAUAAACGCAUUGGAACUUUUCCGAAAUUCUUCGACAUUCUGAAGAGCUCGAUGAAGUCCAAGAAUUACGUCGAGAUAAAACGCAAUCGUACGGCGCUCUGGAUCAAACACUGCGACGCCAUUUCCUGCCUCAGCAUCAACGAAGAAGAAGGCUUGCUUUAUUCAGGUUCAUGGGACAGAACUUUUAAGGUAUGGAAAAUGUCGAAUUCAAAAUGUCUAGAGUCUGUGAAGGCGCACGAAGACGCUGUGAACUCCGUCGUUUCCACCGUCGACAGCCUGGUGUUCACCGGAUCGGCGGAGGGGUCGGUGAAGGUGUGGAAGCGAGAAGGGAAGGGGAAGAACAUGAAGCAUAUGUACGUGAAGACGCUAUUGGAACAAGAAUGCGCGGUGAACGCGUUGGCUUGGUCAAAACCGGGUUCCGUCGUCUACUGCGGGUCGUCGGACGGGGUGGUGAACUUCUGGGAGAAAGAAAACCAGUUUUCACACGGCGGCGUUAUGAAGGGGCAUAAAUUAGCGGUUCUUUGCCUUGCGGUUGUCGGGAACUUGGUGUUUAGUGGAUCAGCUGAUAAAACGAUAUGCGUGUGGCGGAGGGAAGUGGCGCAACACACAUGUUUGUCGGUUCUGACGGGGCACACCGGACCGGUGAAAUGUGUGGCGGUGGAAAGGGAGGCGGAGUCGAGCGCCGCCUAUGGGAAAUGGGUGGUGUAUAGUGGUAGUUUGGAUAAAUCGGUGAAAGUAUGGAGCGUGUCGGAGCAAUCGCCGGCGACGACGCAGAAUGGGAAAGGUUCCUGGGAUUAGAUAUCGCCGGCGAGCUUUUGACGGAGGGUUUUAUAAGUUGUGGGUCCCGAUGAGAUUUGUUGUUUUUGAUUGGUUCGUAUAAUUCCCACUUUGAUUUGAACGGUGGGGAUUGGUUUUCAGAUGUGGGGCCUGAUUGUAAAUUAAUUAUAUAUUUGAUAGGGAUGAUAAAAUUGCAAAAGAAAACAAAAGAAGAGAAGGAAUGACGUUUUUAUGUCUCUAUUAUUAUUUUUAUUUUAUGAUGAUAACUCACGUGACAUUUCUAUUACUUUAUUCCAUAGGAAUAUUUGAUGACGACCCUUGUUCAUCUUAUGUUUUGUGAAU